AAUUUUUUAAAAAGUUUAAAUAUGCAUGAGAAAGGCCUUACGACCGCUGCUGUUUGUGUCUACCCCACGUGGAUGUGUGAUGCGGUUAAAGCACUGAAGGCCUCGGGCUGUACCAUCACAGUGGCUUCCAUGGCCACUGGCUUUCCAGCUGGACAGACUCAUUUAAAAACACGAUUGGAAGAGAUCAGAUUGGCUGUGGAAGAUGGAGCUACAGAAAUCGAUGUGGUGAUUAACAGGACCUUGGUGCUGACUGGCCAGUGGGAAGCCCUGUAUGAUGAGAUGCGUCAGUUUCGCAAGGCCCGUGGGGAGGCUCAUCUCAAAACCAUCUUAGCAACAGGAGAACUUGGAUCUCUUACUAAUGUUUAUAAAGCCAGUAUGAUCGCAAUGAUGGCAGGAUCAGAUUUUAUUAAGACCUCUACUGGAAAAGAAACAGUAAAUGCCACUUUCCCGGUAGCUAUAGUAAUGCUACGGGCCAUUAGAGAUUUCUUCUGGAAAACUGGAAACAAGGUAGGCUUUAAACCAGCAGGAGGCAUCCGCAGUGCCAAGGAUUCCCUUGCUUGGCUCUCUCUCGUGAAGGAAGGGCUGGGAGAUGAAUGGCUGACACCAGAACUGUUUCAAAUAGGUGCCAGUACUCUGGUUUUGGACAUCGAGAGGCAGAUUUACCAUCACGUUACUGGAAGAUAUGCAGCCUAUCAUGAUCUUCCGAUGUCUUAA